GAGAGAACCAGUUAGAGAGAGAAAACACAAAUACAAAUUUUUUUUAAAAACUUUUUAAAACCCACCAUUGAAGAGAGAGAAAGAGCAAAAAAAGAAAACCAUAAUCUUUUGAUUAUCGAAAAUCUGCGAUAAUUUUCCUUCCUUUUUUCUUCUUCUUUAUAUAUAUUAAUCACGUAAAUCUGAAUCCUUUCCUAAUUUAAUUUAAUUUAAUUAUUAUGGUUUAGAAGAGGAAAUAAAAGAGAGAAGAGAGGAGAGAGAAAACUUUUUUAUUUUUGUGUGUGAAAUCGGAGGAGAGAGAAAGAGAGAAAUGGUGAUGGAAGAUAACGAGAGUAGUUGUAAUAGUAGCAGGGCGGCGACAGCGGCGGAAACGACGUCGACGGCGUCAGCUACGGCGGCGCAAAAUUCCAGACAGCAGCGUCAGAGACUUGAGGUAUAUAAUGAGGUUUUGAGAAGGUUGAUGGAAUUGAAUAAUCCAGAAUCUGUAAAUCCUUGUUUUGAUGAUGAACUUUGGGCUCACUUUCAUCGUCUUCCUGCUAGAUAUGCGUUGGAUGUAAAUGUGGAAAGAGCAGAAGAUGUUUUGUUGCACAAAAAAUUAUUGCAUCUUGCUCAUGAUCCAGUGAAUAGACCUGCAUUUGACGUACGGUUAGUUCAGGUCCAUCCCGUUUCUGAUGGAAAUUCAGAUGAUAAGGCUCAAGAAUCUUCUGCCUUUACUCGAAAAAGUCAUCCACCACCUGCUUUUGGUUCAUCACCUAAUCUUGAGGCCCUUGCACUUGAAGGAAACAAACCACAUGAUGAUGAUGAUGAGGAAGAUGAUGAUGCAAAUGCUAGUUCAAGGCUGUUUCGGCCCAUGCACGAGAUCACCUUUUCCACAGACGACAAACCAAAACUUCUUAGCCAGUUAACAUCUUUACUAGCUGAUGUCGGGCUGAAUAUUCAAGAAGCUCAUGCAUUUUCUACCACAGAUGGUUAUUCUUUGGAUGUUUUUGUUGUGGAUGGUUGGCCAUAUGAGGAGACACAAAGGCUCAGAUCUGCUUUGGAAAAAGAACUAAAGAGAAUUGAGAAUUCAUCUUGGCGCAGUCAACAAUCAUCUUCUCCUAUGGAUGAGCAAGAGCAAGCACCGGAUGAUGCCAAGCCAGACGAAGCCAAGGGUGAACAUGUAGCGAUACCGAAUGAUGGAACUGAUGUUUGGGAAAUUGACCCUAGAUAUUUGAAAUUUGAGACUAAAGUUGCAUCUGGAUCAUAUGGUGAUUUGUAUAAGGGUACUUACUGCAGUCAGGAUGUGGCAAUUAAGGUUCUUAAGCAUGAGCGUUUGAAUACAGAUUUGCAGAAAGAGUUUGGUCAGGAAGUGUAUAUCAUGAGGAAAGUUCGUCAUAAGAAUGUUGUUCAAUUCAUUGGUGCUUGUACGAAACCUCCAAGUCUAUGUAUUGUCACAGAGUUUAUGUCUGGUGGAAGUGUUUACGACUAUUUGCACAAGCACAAGGGAACAUUCAAGCUUCCAUCGUUGUUAAAAGUAGCAAUUGAUGUUUCCAAAGGAAUGAACUAUUUGCAUCAGAACAAUAUCCUCCAUAGGGAUUUGAAGGCUGCCAAUCUUUUGAUGGAUGAAAAUGAGGUAGUCAAGGUGGCUGAUUUUGGUGUGGCAAGAGUGAGGGCUCAAACUGGUGUUAUGACAGCUGAAACAGGAACUUAUCGUUGGAUGGCUCCAGAGGUUAUUGAACACAAGCCAUAUGAUCACAAAGCUGAUGUUUUCAGUUUUGCAAUUGUACUGUGGGAGUUACUUACUGGCAAGCUACCCUAUGAGUACUUGACCCCGUUACAAGCAGCUGUUGGAGUAGUGCAGAAGGGCCUACGGCCUACUAUGCCUAAGAAUUGUCAUCCCAAGCUUACCGAGCUUCUUGAAAGAUGCUGGCAGCAAGAUCCUGCAAUGAGACCUGACUUCGCCGAGAUCAUACCUAUUCUGCAGCAAAUAUCAAAAGAGGUUGCAAGUGGAGAAGGUCAGAAGGACAAACAUGGUGGAUUUUUCUCAGCUCUGAGAAGAGGUCAUAACUAAGCACAGCAGAGGUUUUCCAUUGCAUUGAGUGUUUAAUCCUUCGUACUACUAAUUUCUAAUUGUCUAGGUCAUUUUGCAUAUGCCAUUGCCUCUCUUUAUAGUGUACAGUGAUUUGUCAAUACGGCAUUUACAAUUAUGAUAGGGUUGCUUUCUGUCAACUAAGAAGUAAACAUAUUCUUUAUACUAUUCUCCACACUUCUGCGUGUGUGCCCCCAUCUGCAUUCCUUCAGAAGGGGGCAGAAUGAGUGAGUUUUUUUGUAACUUUGUGAAAACCUACUGCGGCCAAAAGAUGAAAUGACAAAUUACUGUUUUUUUUA